GGCUUAAUGCCACCGUCGUGGGUUGUUGUUAGGGUUAAAUUUGAGAGCUGAAAUCCAAAUUUGUGUUCACCCACUCGUCUUCUCCAUUUCAAUUUCCCGAAGGAGGUGUUCCUUCAAGCACACCUCUUUGGGGAUUUUUUUCUCUUCCAAUUCCUCUCCAAUGGCCUCCGACACCUUCUCCGACAAGAACGUCGUCUUCAGGAAGCUCAAAUCCAAGUCCGAAAACAAGACGUGUUUUGAUUGCAAUGCUAAGAAUCCGACUUGGGCUUCUGUUCCCUAUGGGAUCUUCCUCUGUAUUGAUUGCUCCGCUGUGCAUCGCAGCCUUGGCGUCCAUGUUAGCUUCGUCAGGUCCACAAAUUUAGACUCUUGGACUGUGGAGCAGCUUAAAACAAUGAGCUUUGGAGGAAAUAACCGAGCACAGGUUUUCUUUAAGCAGCAUGGAUGGUCCGACGGAGGCAAAAUCGAGGCCAAAUAUACAUCAAGAGCUGCUGAAUUGUAUAAACAAUUACUUUCAAAAGAAGUUGCUAAAAGUAUGGCAGAAGAGAUGGCGUUGCCAUCUUCCCCAGUUUCUUCUCUGUCAGGCCAAGUAACAAAUGGACCUCCUGAUGUUAAGACUAAUGAAGUUGCUAAAGACAAUGUCUCUGGAAAGCAAGAAGCUCCCGAAAGUUCUGCCUCGCCAAAAGCUUCUCAGACGGUAUUCUCAAGUACUGUGAAGAAGCCCAUUGGUGGGAAGAAGCCAGGGAAAACUGGGGGACUUGGUGCCCGAAAGCUCACUACCAAGCGAAGUGAAAAUUUAUAUGAUCAGAAACCUGAAGAACCCACAGUUCCAGUUUCAUCUUCAACUGCGAUCAAAACUCCUGCAACUGGUUCAUCUGUUGCAUCUCGCUUUGAAUAUGUAGAAAAUGUCCAAUCAUCUGAUGUCAAUUCUAGUGGCUCUCAUGUAAUUAGCCAUGUGGCUCCUCCAAAGGCAUCGGGAUUCUUUGCUGAAUUUGGAAUGGAUGGGGGUUUUCCAAAGAAAGCGAGUUCCAGUUCAUCGAAAGUGCAGAUUGAAGAAAGCGAUGAAGCGAGGAAGAAGUUCUCCAAUGCCAAAUCUAUUUCGUCAGCUCAAUAUUUUGGUGAUCAGAACAGAGCUGAUGCUGAAGCUCAGGCCUCCCUGCAAAAGUUCUCGGGUUCGGCUUCCAUCUCUAGUGCCGAUCUAUUCGGUCACCAACAAGAUAAUCUUUCCGCUGAUCUUACUGCAACCGAGUUUAUUAACCGGAUUUCUAUUCAGGCACAGCAGGAUCUUUCUUCUCUCAAGAACAUAGCUGGAGAAACAGGGAAGAAGCUAAGCUCUUUGGCAUCCACAUUAAUUACAGAUCUUCAGGACAGAAUCAUCUGAUACAGUUUUAAGUGUUUGUUCUCCACUGUAGAAUUUGCCCGAACUCAAAACUCGAACUCGAUACAGUUUUUUUUAUUAUUACCCUUCGAUUUUAUUACUCAGGAAUGUAAAGAAAAUUCAGUAUACAGAUUCUUUCAAAAACGACGUUUUACCCAGGACUUGAAUUGGCUGGUUACUUUGUUUUUC